GAGGAAUGGCGCCAUACCAAACCAGCGUUUCCAUUACGUUUAGCUCGGCUCCCCGCUUCUCGUCCUUCCACAGCAUCAGAAAACGUGCCACAAAAAAAAAAUUUGUCCCAGCCUUACGGUCUGCAUAAAUUCCUCUUUCUCAUUAUGUACAAGAAAACAGCCUAGGAAAUAAAUUCUGUCAUGGAAUGGUCUCGUUGGCCCAGGUUCAAUUGCGAGGGUGGUUGCUUGGGAAGGCCAGGCGAGAGAAGGUCGCUUGAUGGCGCCGAAAGUGACGGACGCCAUGUGAUGGAUGAUGGGAUUUUCAUUGCAUUACAUACUGGAAUACCUAGCUCAGGCUGGCGGGCUCUUGGCUCGCGCGUUGCAAGAGGGCAAGUGAGGGGAAUAUUUCCCCUCCGUGGCUUUUCGGUCCUUCUUGAGUUUAUACACUUUGCAUUCGCGUCCUUCAUACUUUCUGCUGCGCGCCGCAAUUUCCUGGUCGUGUCACGAUUCACGGGGAGGACGAGGGCGAGUACAAGUACGCACGUUUCCCAACUUCCGCAGGAGCGACGGGAUUUCUUCACCUUUGGAAUCGCGAUUGGGAUUGAGUGAAUUUGAGGCUAAGGUUGCGUCGACUCAUCUCGCGACCCCUCUUCUUGCUUCAACCUUCAACCCUCCACCUUCCACCGCCCCUCUUCCUUUGUUACCACAACACAACUCAACUCAACUCGUAACCUCCUUCUCACGACCGAUUCUCCGCCCACAGCAAGCAAGCAAGAAAGCAAAAAUGGCAUCCCUCAUCAC